AUGCGGGCUGCCGCCUGCCUCCUCUCGCUGGCGCUCUGCGCCCUGCCCGCCGCCUCAGGCGCCGGGCCGGCGGCGGGGCGGCGGGGCGAGAACCGCUUCGCGGAGCGGGAGAGCAUCAGGCCGCUGCGGUUGGUGUCCGGAGAGGGCGGCGGCGGGGCGCGGCGGCCGGCGCUGAGCACGCGGGUGCGGAGCGGAGCGGCGCGGAGUCAGUCUACCCACAUUGCUCGAGCCAGCUUCCAGGUUGAUGCUUUUGGGUCAUCCUUCAUCCUGGAUGUAACACUAAACCAUGAUCUGCUGUCUUCUGAAUACCUUGAGAGGCAUAUCGAGCAAGGUGGAAAGGCAGUGGAAGUUAAAGGUGGAGAACACUGCUAUUAUCAGGGAAAAAUUCGAGGAAAUCCGGUAUCAUUUGUUGCCUUGUCAACAUGCCAUGGACUACAUGGGAUGUUCUAUGAUGGAAAUCAUACUUACCUUAUUGAACCAGAUGAAAACUACAAUUCAGAUGAUGACUUCCGUUUCCACUCUGUUUACAAAUCCAAGUUGUUUGAGUUUCCUUUGGAUGACCUGCCAUCUGAGUUCUGGCACAUGAAUGCUACAUCACAGAAGUUUAUUGUAAAGCCAAGACACAAAAGAAGGAGAAGGCAGGUUCGUCAGAUUCCACGUAAAAUAGAAGAAGAAACAAAAUACAUUGAGUUAAUGAUUGUAAAUGAUCAUCUAAUGUGUAAAAAGCACCGCUUAUCGGUUGGCCACACAAACAGCUAUGCUAAGUCAGUUGUGAACAUGGCAGAUUUAAUAUAUAAAGAACAGCUUAACACCAGGAUAGUAUUGGUUGCCAUGGAAACCUGGGCUACUGAUAACAAGUUCACCAUAUCUGAAAACCCCUUGGUGACCCUGCGUGAGUUUAUGAAAUAUAGGAGGGAUUUUAUCAGAGAGAAAAGUGAUGCAGUUCACCUUUUUUCGGGGAGUCGAUUUCAGAGCAGUCGAAGUGGUGUAGCUCACACUGGUGGAAUCUGCUCCUUGCUUAAAGGCGGAGGUGUGAAUGAGUUUGGAAAGCCUGACUUAAUGGCAGUUACCCUGGCACAGACACUGGCACAAAAUAUUGGCAUUUUCUCAGACAGAAGAAAACUAAUAAGUGGUGAGUGUAAGUGUGAGGACACCUGGUCUGGAUGCAUAAUGGGAGACACAGGGUAUUAUCUACCAAGCAAGUUCUCCAAGUGUGAUAUUGAAGAGUAUCACGAAUUUUUAAACAACGGAGGUGGAGCCUGCCUUUUCAAUAAGCCAACCAAGCUUCUGGAUCCUCCAGAAUGUGGCAAUGGCUUUGUGGAAGAUGGAGAAGAGUGUGACUGUGGGACGACAGCAGAGUGUGCCAGCGAAGGAGGAGAGUGCUGCAAUACCUGCACGCUGACGGCAGGCUCCCAGUGCAGCAACGGGCUCUGCUGUCGGAAGUGCCGGUUUGAACCUAAGGGUGUUUUGUGCCGAGAAGCAGUGAAUGAUUGUGAUAUUGCAGAGAACUGCACAGGAAACUCCAGUCAGUGUUCUCCUAAUAUUCAUAAAAUGGAUGGAUAUUCAUGUGAUAACAGGCAGGGCAUUUGCUUUGGAGGAAGAUGUAAAACCAGGGACCGACAGUGUAAAUAUAUCUGGGGUGAAAAAGUGUCAGCUGCUGACAGGUACUGCUAUGAGAAGUUGAAUAUUGAAGGGACUGAGAAAGGAAACUGUGGAAGAGACAAGGACUCUUGGAUACAGUGCAAUAAACAGGAUGUGCUUUGUGGAUACCUUCUGUGCUCGAAUAUAUCUAGUGUGCCCAGACUUGGAGAACUUGAUGGUGAAAUCACUUCAUCGGUCUUGCAGUUUGGCAAAGUCUACACUUGCAGUGGUGGACAUGUGAAGCUUGAUGAGGAGACGGACCUGGGCUAUGUGGAGAAUGGGACACCAUGUGGGCCAAAUAUGGUGUGCCUUGACCAUCGCUGCCUCCCCAUCGAAUCCUUCAACUUCAGCACCUGCCCAGGCACCACAGACACCCAAAUCUGUUCAGGACAUGGUGUUUGUAGCAAUGAAAUAAAGUGUGUCUGUGACCGAUUUUGGGGAGGAGAUGACUGCAGUUCUCGAAUCAAAGAUGAUGUAUUUUUUUAUAAAGACGCCAUCAACAGAGGUGUUGUUAGCACAAACAUAAUAAUAGGGGCUAUUGCUGGCACCAUUUUAGUAUUGGCUCUCGUUUUAGGGAUAACUGCGUGGGGUUACAAAAACUACAGAAGACAGAGACAAAUACCCCAGGGAGAUUAUGUAAAAAAGCCCGGAGAGGCCGACUCUUUCUAUAGCGACAUGCCUCCUGGAGUCAGCACAAACUCUGCAUCUAGUUCUAAGAAGAGGUCUGCUUUUCUGUCGCAUUUUCAGAUUUCUACCUGUUCCAUCACCCAUUAUUCCAUUAGUCAGAACAUUUCAUUGUUUUGCAGCAGGUCAAAUGGAUUAUCUCAUUCCUGGAGUGAAAGGAUCCCAGACACAAAGCAUAUUUCAGACAUUUGUGAAAAUGGGAGGCCUAGGAGUAAUUCUUGGCAAGGUAAUAUAGGAGGAAACAGAAAGAAAGUCAGAGGCAAAAGAUUUAGGCCACGGUCUAAUUCAACUGACAGGGUAACCCAUGCAUCUGAGCCUGGGCUUUCUCUCGCCCACCCAACCCCGUCCCAAGGCAUAAGCCCAGAGGGCUCUGACCCCCCCCAAACAGGGAGCCAGAAUCACAGGUAUUUAAACCCAUGGUUCAAAAGAGAAUAUAAUGUAGCUAAGUGGGUAGAAGAUGUGAAUAAAAACACUGAAGGACCAUACUUUAGGACACUGUCGCCUGCAAAGUCUCCAUCUUCAUCCACUGGAUCUAUUGCGUCCAGCAGAAAAUACCCUUACCCAAUGCCUCCACUUCCUGACGAGGAGAAGAAAGCAAACAGGCAAAGUGCCAGGCUAUGGGAGACUUCCAUUUAGCUGCACCAUUUUCCUGGGAUGACGCAAGAACUUUUUACUUUAAAUUCUGUACAAACUCAGCACCACUGAGUCGUUGCACAUUCAUCUGCUCUUCAGACAGUUCAAAAGAUCAACACAGAUGCCCGUGACCACAGUGAGAACCUCCUCUCAUCUGGAAGGGA